AACUUCAAAAUUUGAGAGAGAGAGAGAGAGAGAGUUGAGAAUGAGUAGUUCAAAAGCAGAAGACAUUGAAGAAGAUAAGCAAGAGGAGGAAGAACAACAACAACAACAACAGCACUUCCAUGUGUUAGCUGUAGAUGAUAAUCUUGUUGAUAGAAUGCUCUUGGAGAGGCUCCUCACUGUUUCUUCCUACCAAGUAACUUGUGUGGAAUCUGGUGAUAAAGCUUUGGAAUAUUUGGGUUUGCUUGCCAAUGUUGAUCAUCUUGAUUCUACCUCCUCUUCAUCAUCAUCCUCUUCUCCACCCUCAGAACAUGAGGGUGAUCAGACUGUGAAGAUGAAAGUCAACUUGAUCAUGACUGACUACUCUAUGCCUGGAAUGACUGGCUAUGAUUUGCUGAAAAGAGUCAAGAAAUCCUCUUGGAAAGACAUCCCUGUGGUGGUAAUGUCAUCGGAGAAUGUGCCCUCCAGAAUCAACAUGUGUUUGGAAGGAGGAGCAGAGGAGUUCCUGUUAAAGCCUGUUCAGUUAUCAGAUUUGGAGAAGCUUCAACCCCAUCUUCUGAAAUCUCUGACAUGUAAAUGCAACUUUAGCACCACCACCACCAAUGACAGUAGCAGUAACUCUAACAACAAUGGAAUUAACAUAAACUGUAACAGCGACAACAGUAUUGAAAACAAGAGGAGAGCAGUGUCUCCUGAGCCAGCAGAGAGAAUACCCAAACUCAAAGGCUUAACUGUGAUGUAAAUGUGCAGAGAGAGAGAGAGAGAAAGAAGUGUUUUACUUUGUGUCAUAAUAUAAGAGAUGCAUA